GGAAGCUCAGUUCAGUCAUCAGUGCUAAAGUGAUCGGAUCAGGUCAAAGUGUUCAAGGUGCUUUCAGUGUUGGAAACGAGUGAAGAAUAGAUGCAAUUUAUAGGAAUAAUUUAGAUAGUUUUAGAGUCGAAAAAAUAUUGUGAAAUUUUAAGUUCUUCGUACUUCGUCCACCAGGAUGUACGAUUUUUGUGGAUCGGAAUUUUGGGAUGCAGAUUUAACAUGGAACACCGAGAAUCCAUUCUUCCCGCCGUGCUUCGAAAUGACUGCACUGGUGUGGGCACCAUGUGUGUUUUUAUGGGUAUUCAUACCGCUUGAAAUAUAUUACAUAAUAUCGAGCAAGUAUGCCAACAUACCAUGGGGACUGUUGAAUAUAUUCAGAAUUGUGAUUACGGCUCUUUUGUGUGCCAUCGCAUUAUCCGAUUUAAUUAUGGGAAUCGUAAGAGCAGGAGACGGAGCGUAUGAUGUACAUAUUGUGACACCGGCUGUUAAACUGAUAUCAUUUUUACUGACGGCCCUAUUAGCGUAUUUCCAUCGUACGAAUGGCAUUAUGUCGUCUGGUUUAAUGUUUUUCUUUUGGUUUUUCCUCGUUCUGUUCGGCCUACCACAAUAUCGAACCGAAAUCGUUCACUACAUGGAACGGAGUGAACGGGACGAGCUCACAUUCGGUACAGACGAGAUGUCAUGGGCAGACUAUCAGUUUUUGAGCUACAUGAUCUAUUAUCCGCUGAUCGUUAUACAACUGGUGUCGCAGCUAUUUGCCGAUAAUCCUCCGACCGAAAUGAAAUAUGAAGAAAUUUCGUCGAAGACUCUGAAUCCCAACCCGGAAAUAGAAUCUAGUUUCAUUCGAAAAUUGUUGUUCAUUUGGUUCGAUCCAUUGACAUGGCGUGGCUUCAGGAAUCCGUUACAAGCAGAGGAUAUGUGGGAUAUUCGACCGGAUGAUACGUCGCGUGAAUUGGUACCCGAUUUCGACAGGCACUGGUUGGAUAGUGUGGCUAAGGGCGAGCGACAAAGACAAAAGGAAAAGCUUAAGAAGAACAGCAAAGACACGAAUUUGGAUAGCAAAUCGACAAGGGGAAGCGUGAUCAUUCCACUAUUUAAAUCAUUUGGUGGCCCAUUCUAUUUCGCUGGAUUCCUCAAACUGUUGAUUGACGUCCUGUCCUUUGCGUCGCCACAAGUGUUAAGUCUGCUCAUCGCAUUCACCUUCUCGGACGAUCCGUUGUGGCACGGAAUGAUUUUUGCAGUGGCACUAUUUUUGAUAUCAUUUAUCACAUCCCUACUCAACGGACAAUAUCUGUACCGAUGUUUCUUGGUUGGAUUUAGAAUUCGCAGUGUGUUGAUCAGUGCCAUAUACCGGAAGGCUUUGACCAUCUCAAAUGCAGCCAAACGUGACACAACAGUUGGAGAGAUUGUCAAUCUUAUGGCGGUUGACGCCCAACGUUUCUUUGAAUUGAUCCAGUACAUACACAUCAUUUGGGCGGGACCACUUGUGAUCGCAUUGGCCUUGUAUUUCUUAUGGGACAUCCUUGGCGUGGCUGUCAUGGCCGGCUUGGUUGUAAUGAUACUGUCUCUUCCUCUGAAUGGUUUCGUAGCCACCAAAUUGAAACAUUUCCAAGUCAAGCAGAUGACCAGAAAGGACGAAAGAGUGAAACUAAUGAACGAAACGUUAAGUGGUAUCAAGGUACUUAAACUCUACGCAUGGGAGAUGAGUUUCCAGGAAAUGAUUCAGGCGGUCCGUAACAGGGAAGUGAAGGUCAUUUUACAGGCGGCUUACAUGAAUGCGGUGAUUUUUAUGGCCUGGAAUGUUCUUCCGUUUUUGGUCACAUUAGCUUCCUUUGCCACAUAUGUACUCAUGGAUGAGACAAAUGACAUCAACGCCAAUACAGCCUUCGUUGCACUUUCACUCUUCAAUAUUUUACGAAUGCCAAUGACAAUGGUGCCGCUUCUAAUCAGUAUGCUUAUGCAGACGUGGGUAUCAAUCGUCAGAAUCAAUAAAUUUUUGAACAGCGAGGAUCUUGAUCCUGAGGCGGUGCAGCAUCUUAAAGAUGAAAAUGCGCUGAAAAUAGAAGACGCAACAUUCUCGUGGGAGGCCGAUGAUGCAGUGCUGAAAAGUAUAAAUAUAUCGGUCGGAAAGGGCAGUCUAGCAGCCGUUGUCGGGCCGGUAGGAUCCGGAAAGAGUUCGUUGAUCUCGUCGAUACUGGGAGAGACAGUUAAGAAAAGUGGAACAUUAAACACUGACGGUACAAUGGCAUUUGUUGCCCAACAAGCUUGGAUCCAGAAUGCUACGCUCAAGGACAAUAUUCUGUUCGGAAGAUCCUUCGACAGUGCUUGGUACAACAAAGUAAUAGACGCUUGUGCGUUGACGCCUGAUAUCAAAAUGUUGCCGGGCGGGGAUCAAACAGAAAUCGGUGAAAAGGGCAUCAAUUUGUCGGGUGGUCAGAAGCAGAGAGUUGCUUUGGCGAGAGCUGUUUACAGUGAGGCCGAGAUUUAUUUACUCGACGAUCCGCUGAGUGCAGUUGACUCUCACGUCGGCAAACACAUAUUCGAGCAGGUUAUCGGUCCUAGUGGAAUCUUAGCUGGCAAGACGAGACUUCUGGUUACACAUGGCAUUUCAUAUCUUCCGUUUGUCGACACGAUUUAUGUCAUGAGUCAUGGUGAAAUCACUGAAAAUGGUCGUUACGACAAACUGAUUGCACAGAAGGGAGCCUUCGCCGAUUUUAUUAUUGAACAUUUACGCGAAAUGGACGAUGAUGAAGAUGAAUUGAAAGAGAUCAAGGAGGCGUUAACGCCAAGCGUGAAUGGUAGCAUAAUAUUCGAGAGGGCGAUAUCAGUUCGAUCGUCUGACACAAAGAUGAAAAGAGCAUCCAUUCGAAGUUCUAAACGAAGUGGCGGCAAAAAGAAAUCACUCACCGACACGACUAUUAUUAAACCAGCCGACGACGGACGAGUUCUCAUUCAAAAGGAAGAAUCAGCAACAGGCAGUGUGGGCAUCGGCGUUUACGUACGAUAUUUCAAAAGUAUUGGCUUGCUUUUCUCAUUGAUUAUGCUCGUUGGUACAAUUGGUAAUCAGGCCUUUUCAAUCUAUUCGAAUACUUGGUUAUCGGAGUGGGCCGACGAUAAAAACUCCACCAUUCCAGCCACACGUGAUCUGUAUUUAGGAGUGUAUGGAGCCUUGGGAAUCGCUCAAUCGAUUACUCUGUUUGCGACGUCUAUUGCAAUGGCAGUAGGUUGCGUUUACGCAGCAAGAAAUCUUCAUGACAAUUUACUUCACCAGACUAUGAGACUACCUAUGGCAUUCUUCGAUACUACUCCGCUCGGACGUAUAGUCAACCGAUUUUCAAGAGAUGUCGAUGUGGUCGACAACAUCCUUCCGCAAAUUAUGCGAAUUUGGAUAAUGAUGAUAUUCAAUACACUGGCUGUGUUCAUAGUCAUCAGCAUACAGACACCAAUUUUCAUGGCCGUCGUCGUGCCCAUUUUUAUUUUGUAUUAUUUGAUACAGGCAUUCUACGUGGCAACGUCACGACAACUGAAACGCAUAGAAUCGGUGACGAGAAGUCCGGUUUAUUCGCAUUUCGGCGAAACAAUUACUGGCCAGUCAACGAUUCGAGCAUACAAUGCACAGUCAAGAUUUAUUCUUGAUUCGGAAUAUCGAGUUGAUUUCAACCAAAAAUGUACAUACCCAAGCAUCGUCGCUAAUCGGUGGCUCGGUGUACGUUUGGAAAUCGUCGGAGCAUUGGUUAUAUUCUUUGCAGCAUUGUUUGCAGUACUGGCACGAGACACAAUCUCUGGCGGUGAGGUGGGACUAUCGAUAAGUUAUGCCUUGCAAAUAACAAUGGUUCUCAGUUUCCUGGUUCGAAUGACGGCUGAAGUGGAAACGAACAUUGUUGCAAAUGAGCGCAUGGAGGAAUAUUCGAACGAGAAAAAGGAAGCCGAAUGGGUGACCAAACACGUUGAUCCCAAGUGGCCGGUUAGUGGCGAAGUGAAAUUUAUCGAUUAUCAAGUUCGAUACAGAGAGAAUUUGGACCUGGUCUUGAAGGGAGUAACAUUUGAUAUUAGGGGUGGGGAAAAAGUUGGCAUUGUUGGCCGUACAGGUGCUGGCAAGUCUAGUUUAACUCUAGCAUUAUUCAGAAUCAUUGAAGCGGCUGGAGGAAAAAUUACCAUCGACGGCCUAGACAUUUCUGACAUGGGUCUUCAUUCUCUGAGAUCUCGUUUAACUAUCAUUCCACAAGACCCGGUAUUAUUCUCAGGCACGUUGCGAAUGAACAUCGAUCCAUUUAAUGCAUACACUGACGAUGACGUUUGGCAAGCAUUGGAACUUGCUCACUUGAAAUCGUAUGCCAAAGGUUUGGACAAGGGUCUACUGUUCGAAGUAGCAGAGGGUGGUGACAAUUUGUCAGUUGGACAGAGACAACUGGUGUGCUUAGCUCGAGCAUUACUCAGGAAGACAAAGGUAUUGAUUUUGGACGAGGCAACAGCUGCCGUUGAUCUAGAGACUGAUGAUUUGAUACAGAAAACCAUCCGAAGUCAGUUCAAAGAGUGCACAGUUCUAACAAUCGCUCAUCGGUUGAACACAAUUAUGGACUCAGACAAAGUGCUUGUGUUAGAUAAGGGCCAGGUAGCUGAAUUCGCAUCGCCGAAAUCGUUGCUGGACAAUCGAACUACGAUAUUUUAUGGAAUGUGUAAAGAUGCCGGUCUUGUCGGAGCUGUGCAAGAUCCUUAUGGAGUAGAGUAAAUAGUGUGAUUUGGUUGUUGUACGCGUGUGGAUAUGAAUGGAGUAUAACUGUGAUUGCAGCAAUGAUUGGUUGGAAGAUUUUUAUUUUUUUAUGCCAUAAGGGGGAAAUCUAAUUUAUUGUAACGUUUUAGAUUAAGGCACCAAAGUUGUACAUAUAAAUAAAAUAGAGAAAAU